AUGAUAAGGAAAAAGAAGAUUCAGGAGCUGCCGAUCGAAUUAAAGAAGACUAACAAAAAAGGCGAAGUAUAUCGAACGAACUUGCUAGCCGCGUUGAGAGAGAUGGAAGAACAGAAAAUGAAGUUGUCGGUGAAGGUCCAAAAUGCAAGGUUAAGUAUGAAAGAAUGA